GAUGAGGUCUCGAGACUAACACCACCUCAACGAGGACCUCCGCAGCUUGACACACACGGUACACCAAUAUCUAUUCUCCAUCCGAACUCAACCUACCAAGUACAAAUGAACAUCGAAUACCGCAUAUUUGAACGGCUCUUGUGAAAGUUCUACGAAAACCACUCUUGUCUUUGCAACCCCUCAGGAUCAGCGUUCCUCUCACCACGAUGUUUUGUGACUAGUGUUACCUGCUUUGUCGAUGCAUGUUUGAUGAAAUAGAGAAGGGGACUCUUGCUGGAGUCGAGAGGCCAGCUUUCAUGACUUCUCAGAUGGCACUCACCCAAGCUGGUACGUGUCAAUCAUUUUCAGGAAUUUGGAGUGACUAUGUUUGGGAUGCCGAGUCCGAACGUACAAUCAUUCGGAGUAGAGAACGAAAAGGACAGAGCCCGGUUUCAGUUUUGCCACAAUAGCUACACUGAAAACGUCUUUGACCUCCGACCGGACCUGACUAGUGUGAGCGACAGCAUUAAAGGGAUCGAGCGGGUGAAUAGCUACUGUGCACCGGCCGAUUCUUCAGACCCUACACUAGCCCGACUUGCGCAGUCAUGGAUCCAAGGCUGCGUCAACUCUCACACGGAUUGUCGCUCCGGGCAAGAGGCACAGCAUCGGCCCCACGACUGUUAAACAUAGAGACCAAAGGCCUCCGUUUAGUCAAUGGAAGCGAUUACCAUGCACCCAUCCUAUGGGCAACAUUGAAUCAUUGCUGGGGUCCAAAUCCGACCUUUGUCAGGUUGACAGAGAGCAACGUCAAUGCAUUUCGAGCCAACCUAUCACUUGAUAUAUUGCCGCCAACAUGUCGAGAUGCAGUAACCUUCUGUCAGAGCCU